UUUACAUAUUUGGUUUUCCAAUGGGCCACGCGAUAAAUCAGAGAGCUAGAUUGGAAAUUGCAACGACCUCCCUAAAGGAAAACGCAAACUCAACUAACAGCAAACCAAAAACCUCAUUCACUGUACAGACUGGACCAGCUCUGCCAUGGCCGGAGGCUCCGAUCCCGAUAAAAUGAUCGCCAAAGCCGAUAAACUAACCAAACUUAGCCUAACAAGAUGGAGUGCUGAUUGGAAAAGUGCUACUGUUCUAUAUGAACAGGCUGCUAAUGCAUUUAGAGUUGCCAAGGAUUAUGAAAAAGCAAAAGAAGCAUUUGAAAAAGCUUCUAAAGGACAAGAGAUGAUCUCUUCACCCUGGGACGCCGCUAAGCAUAUGGAGUCUGCUGCUGCUCUUGCAAAGGAGCUAGGCAAGUGGAAUGAAGUAGCUGAUUUUUAUAAAAGGGCAUCUGAGUUAUAUGUUGAGUGUGGAAGAUCACAACCUUCAUCAGAUGCCCUUGCCAAAGGGGCUCGUGCUCUGGAGGAGGCUGCUCCUGAUGAAGCUAUCCAACUAUAUGCUGAUGCUUGCUCUAUUCUUGAAGAGGAUGGGAGAGAGCAAAUGGCUUUUGAUUUAUACCGUGCUGCUGCAAGCGUGUAUAUUAAAGUUGAAAAGUACACAGAUGCUGCAGCUUUCCUGUUGCGAUUGGGUUUAGCUGCUGAUAAAUGCAAUGCUACUAAUAGCCAGUGCAAGGCGUAUCUUAGUGCAAUUAUUGUGUAUCUUUAUGCUCAUGAUUUCAAGCAAGCAGAGAAGUGCUACAAUGACUGUUCACAGAUUGAUGCAUUUUUGGGAAGCGACCAAGGCCGUUUUUCUAGCAAACUGCUUUCGGCCUACAGGGAAGGUGACAUUGAAGAAAUCAAGCGUCUAGCUCAGUCAACCUCAGUAUCUCAUCUUGAUAACAUGAUCAUCAAGCUUGCUCGGAAACUACCUAUGGGCGAUGUGAGUGCACUUAAGACUGAACCUCCCAUGGAAGAAGGGGAAGAACCUCUAGAUGAAAAUGAUCUGACCUAGCCUCAGGAAACGCUUCCAACAUCCCCUUAGAUAAUGGCUAUAUUAUUUGAGUUCAUUCCCGAUAUAUAUGAAAUUGGUUUGCUUUGAAACUAGGAGGUUUUUUUUUUUUUUUUUUUUUUUUAUAUAUCUUUCUCUUUUUUUUUUUUUUGAGAGAGUUUCUCUUGUAAACAAUUAUGCAAUGUACAUACUAAUAGAAGCCACUCUUUGGCUUGUUAUACAGGCAGGCAAAACUCAUAAGGCAUUUAUUUAAAGAAGUUUCUUUUCUUUCUUGUUCUUAUUAAAAA